AUGCAGUUCACCAAGUCUCUUAUGCUGUUGGCAGCUCUCACUACCGGCUCCCUCGCUCGCCCUACCGAGGGUCACGCUCGCCGCCAGACUUCCACCUCCAGUGCCUCUUCCGACUGGACCAGCACCCCGUCAAGCGGUUCCUACUCGACUUCGGGCUUUGGCGCAGUCACCACUGCCUCCGGUAACGGCAUUACCUACUCCGGCAACGUCGGCAACCCAUACGGCAGCAAUAUCAUCGAGGUCUCCGAUUCGGACGCCAGCCAGUACCAGUACGUCGUUCAAUUCACCGGCUCCAACACCGAUGACUGGACCGUCGCCAUCUGGAACAAGUACGGCUCGGACGGCUCCAUGGACGGCUGGUACGGCAACGCGGUGAAGACCUUCACCCUCGCCGCCGGCGCCACUACGUACAUCGCUUUCGACCAGGACUCUCAGGGUGGCUGGGCCGCUGCUGAGGGAUCUACCAUCCCCACUGACUCCAACGGUGGCUACGCCUCCACCUGGGGUGAAUUCGACUUUGGCUCUUCCGGCAACUCGGCCUGGUCCGGCUUUGACGUCUCUGCCAUCGCCGCCCAGAACGCCGGCCUGUCUGUCCAGGGUAUGAAGAUCUGCGAUGCCCUUGGCUCCACUUGCUCGUCUAUCACUGCCGAUGCUGCCACCGUCGAAAAUGCCUACACUACCGCCGAGACUGAUAUUGGUGGAAUCGGUGGCAACCUGUCUGGUGGCGCUGUCCGCCUGGCUGCUACCCUCGACUACAGCAGCUAA